CGCUGCACCUGUUGAUGCUCUGCCUCUGACCUGCUCUCCCUGACAUCGGGAACACCUGGGAACCCUCUGGAACCUCACAGAGGAGUUUUUGUGAUCUCAGGCGGUAAUCGGAGACAUCAUGGACAAACUAAAGAAGGUUCUGAGCGGAGAAGAUGACGGAAACUCGGACACACCGGGGAUUCUGGUGAGAGCCAAUCAGGCGUCAACGCUGUCCUGGGGUGCGAGGGUGAGAGGCUUCAUCAUCUGCUUUAUUCUUGGUGUUUUCUGCUCCAUCCUGGGUACCUGUCUGCUGUGGGUUCCUGGUUUUGGUCUCGCUGUGUUCGCUGUCCUCUACAGUGUGGGAAAUCUCUGUGCUCUAGGAAGCACCAUGUUCCUGGUCGGUCCUCUGAGGCAGUUGAAGAACAUGUGUGCUAAAGAGAGAGCCAUCGCCACCGUCGUCAUGCUGGUGUGUCUCAUGUUGACGCUGUGUGCAGCUUUCUGGUGGAAGAACAACGGUCUAGCCCUGCUCUUCUGCAUUCUACAGUUUCUGGCCUUCACCUGGUACGGCCUCUCCUACAUCCCCUUCGCCAGGGAUGCCGUCAUCAAAUUAUUCUCACUCUGCCUCUAAAAGCCCUGCCCAUCUGUGAACACUGGUCCAAUCAGAGCGCUGUAAGGUUUAUCCAAUCAGCAGAGAGGAGCCACUCAUCAUCAUCGUUUCAUCCUCUGAACCUACAGAGGUUCAUCCAAAAACCACUCAGACUGGUUUCACUGGGACCAGUUAGCACUACAUGUACAGUUAGUUGGUUUUAGCUUAGGUUAUCUAUGGUGGCCUAUAAGGUCAAAAGCAGAACAUUUCACUGAGCACAAAAAAUACUUUAAAAUGCACUAAAAUAGCAUUAAAAGAAACAAAAAUACAUCGUGUAAAAAAAAAAAAAAAAAAAAUCAUUAAAAGCAAAAAAGUGAAAAACAAACAUUUCCUGAAGUGCAAAAAUACGGAAAAUAUUAAGUUUAAUGCAAAAAUAUUAAUUUUAAUUUGUGAAAUACAAAAAUUUGAUGAAACAUAAAAAGCGCAAAGACAUAAAUAGAAUGAUAUGAAAAAAACUUGAAAUGUAAAAGACAUGAAACGUAUAACAUUUCAUAAAAAGCAGAAAAAUUUACUUGAGAACUUGAAAAAAUGUUUAAUCCAAUACAAAAACAUUUUGUGAAAAAUC